UGUGCCUUCACCGAUGUAGGGACUUCAUUGUAAGGGCUGGAUAUAAAAGUGGAGCACCCGCAGCUGUCUGCACUGUCAGUCCAAAGUCCUCAGCCUUUAGACACCACCAACCAUGAAUUCCCUGUGCGUAGUCGUGGUAGCUGCAGUGGUGGCCGUCUGUCUCGCAGACCCUGAGCCCGGUCAAUUUGGCGGCCAAGGUUUCGGUGGAGGUUUUGGUGGCCAACAGCGAGGGGCGCCCUAUGGAGCCGGAACUUGGGCGGGCAACGGCGGAAGACAGGGUCGCUCUCAGGGAGGCUUUGGAGGACAAGGUGGCUUUGGAGGACAGGGUGGUUUUGGAGGACAAGGAGGCUAUGGAGGACAAGGAGGUCACGGUGGACAAGGACAAGGAUUUGGUGGCCAAGGAAGGGGAUUCGGCCAGCAGAGAGGAGCACCAUACGGAGCUGGCACUUUUGCGGACAGGGGAUAGAAGCAGAAAAACAUCUGGAAUUAUUGGAACCGACAUCCUUUGCUAUAAUACUUACUUCAAAUUUGUACACAAUUAAAUUACUUAUAAACUAUACUGUAAACUUAAAGAUUUUUUUGUACUACUUACAGCUCAUUAAAAACAACAUUUUC